CUACUCUUAGCCAGUUUCUUGGUUCAAUUUGAUGUCAUUAUAAGGGAACGAUGUUAGAUGGAAAAUGUAUAUGGUAAUAAGUGCUAUUUUACAGCUUAUAUAUAGAACUUCAAAUUUUGAUCCUGUAUUGAUGGAAGAUGGAAGUUGUUAACUUUGGUUUCUCUAUGCCAGUGGUUGGGUUGUUAGGAGGAAGAUGGCACUUACUAUUCUCUUUAAAUUUGUUUAUACGUGAGUGCAGGCAGAUCAUGAUGCACUGAACACAAGAGUUUAUGGUUGCGGCUACAAACUCCAAUUUUUAUUUCAGAAUUCAUCUCCCAAUCAUGGAUCAAAAUGGUCUUGUUGACGAGAAGUGUGAAAGCAGACUAUAUAUUGGUAACCUUGACCAGAGAAUAACAGAGGCUCUUCUGAUUAAGCUAUUUUCUCCAUUUGGAAAGAUUGUAUCCGAGGACUUUCUGUGGCACACUCGUGGCCCAAAACGUGGAGAGCCACGUGGCUUUGCUUUUAUCCAGUAUAGUAGUAGAGAGGAAGCAGAACUGGCCAAGGAGAAGAUGAACGGAAGAUUGGCUUGUGGGCGCCCUUUGGUUGUUCGGCUUGCUAGUGAGAAAUUCUUGGUUGAAACAGCAGCUCAUCCUCCCAAAACAGUUGGUGAGGCCAACAAAUCAGGCCUUGCUGGUAGUCUUUCUGGACAAAUGAGCCGGAGUGCUAAAAUAGCUGCAAUAAAGAACAAACUGAAAGCCAUGGAACAAGAGAGUUGUAGCAUGAAGAAGCCAAGGCAAGCUGACAGUACAGAUUGCGGAGGGCUGUCUUGACCAUUCAUCCAUCAAAUGGUAACCUGAUGAGUUACUGGAUGAUGUUUUUCAGGAGUUCCUGCCAUCGACUUGAGACUCUUAGGAACAGAAACUCACCUGCUUUGAGGGAUUUGUGAAGUCUUAGCCAUGAGGCUAAGCUUGUAAAUUGUUCUUGAAUACCUGUUUCCCCUAUAUGUAUUGCAAUUACAUGAUGCCUCUUCAAAUGACUGCCAUUUAAUAUAGUUGAAUGCGUGUGGGGAUAUUCCUCUGGCACUUUGAAUGUGCAUGAUCUGCUUGAUAUAUGAAUCAUAUUUGGCAUGCCAUGACCUUAUAACA